AUGGGUAUGGUGGCUGACGACCUUGAGGGGGUGCCUCAGCACGGAGUCCCUGAAGGGGAUGGACUUCUAACAACUAUAGAGGAGUCUUUGAGUAAUUUAGCCUCCCAGGUGUCUGCCUUGGCUGGGCGAGUGGAUGCGAUAGCCGUUGGUUCUGAGGAUUCUCCGAGGGACCUUGUAUGCAAGGAGACCAAUCCCUAUGUUGCUGUACCGUUGAGCCAACACGAAAUCGUUGAGGACGACGACAAUCUGAGAAACUCGAUUCCUCGAAAUCGAUCCCAAGGGAGCUCUAACCGCCGCCUAGUUCAGGAAGCUCGUAAGGAAGCCCGCCAAGAGCUCACUGCGGUGAAGCUGGGUAUUUACGAUGGGAAGGCGACAUCUCUUGAUCACACGAGUCAUGCAUCCAUUCGAGCCCAUUUGAGUUCUUUUGAUCGUGCACUUCGGUAUUGUGCCAUCUCCAGUGGAUCGCCUACGUGUUACUUUCUGUUAUUGUAUAGUCUCAGCGAGAAAGUUCGCAAUCGUGUAGAAGCUCGCCUAGGUCCCAAGGAAGACUAUGAUAUUGAAGGGGACAUCUUCGCUCAUUUUAGAGAGCGAUAUAGUGCGUUGCGUUCUGCCCUUUUGACCUUGUAUCUGGAUCCGUCUGAAGCGUCUCGUCUGCGUCAGAAGUGGCAUGAUCUCCGAAUGACCCCUGAGAUGUCGUUCCGUACUUUUGUUGCUGAAAUGGAUCGUUUAGAAACCGAAUUAGCCCUCCAGGGCGAUGUCUUGACCGAUAAUGAUAUUUGGGAUAAGUUAACUCAUAGUUGUCGUGCCCCGUUUGAUGAUUGGGCUCUGACCUAUCGUUUAGCAAAGAUGGACGUAACGGUUGCUCGCUCUUAUUUGGAAUCUCGUGCUAAUUUAAGCGAUAUCAAUACUGCUGCAUUAUCUACUACUGCUGUUCGUACUACUGUGGUAAAUGGUGUGGCUGAUGGUGGUUUGGUGAAGGUCGCCGGUAAGGAAGUUGUUGCCUUUGCCCAGAAAGCUACCCCUAAUUCGAGUACCUAUGUACCAGAUGUCCGUCGGCUGCAGAAGGGUACCUGUGGUAGAUGUUUCCAAGCGGGACACCUUGCGGACAAGUGUAUGGCCCCGGCUCCAAGUCAGUUAUCAUCAAGGUGUCUAGUGUGUGGUCGAGGAGGCCACAAGGUCGCUAACUGCCGUCUAAAGGGCAACAAGCUGCUGACUUGUAAACGUUGUGGAGUCAGAGGUCAUGUUUCCUUCAUCUGUAGGAAUGUUAAACCAGCCGUUACUGAGCCCACUACUACUACUACUAAAGAGAAUAACGCUCUCCCGGUAGACCCUGCAGCUAUUGAGAUGGAAGCUGAAGAAGUGCCGACGGCUGCUGGUGAUGAUGUAGAAGAUGGUGAUGGCCCCAGGAGGCUUGUGUCCCUUGCGAGGCAUAAGUUGCCUGACAAUGUGAAGAAUGCGAUCUCCCAUAUCAGUGAUUCUCAGGGGUCGGCGCAUGAUUUUGCUUUGUAUGUGUAUAUGAAGCCUUACAUGGAUGAUGUUGUGAUUGGCUCUGGAUUAGAUUGGCUUUCGAAUGACCGUUUCCGUGCUCAGAAAGCUGAUGUGCCUCUCCCUCCGUUAGUUGUUAUGGAGGUGGAAGGGCGUACUGUUUGUUCACAUAGUAAUUUGUUGUUAGCUAUGAGAUACACCCUACGCUCUGAAAUCCGUAAGGGCUCAGGGUGGGAUGAUUUUGUAUCCGUUGCUACUUAUAGGGAGAUUGAACGGUUGAUGCAGCUUUUCACUGAUGCCCCUACUAUCCCACGAUUGCUGGUAGCAUCCCUUGCUGAUUUAGGGAUUGUGUACUUGUUUGCUGAUUCGAGUAUGUCUCCAUUUGGUAAUCACUCUGAGCAGGAUGAUGCUGUUAUGGUAUUGUUAUGUAUUGAUUCGUUCAGUGGGUAUUUGAUUGCUGAGAAGUGUCCUAACCAUACUGAUGUUCGUGUAUCUUCUUGGUUGAAGGCAUGUGGUGUGCACUGGUACCGAACGCCGCCUCAUUGCGAACGUGCUCAUGGUUGGUAUGAAACAUUACAUAAAACCUUCUUGCAGAUCGUGCGUGCCUUGCUGAUUGGAGAUGAGUCUCGCACAUUAAAAUGGUUUGAUGUUAUUGAUCGUGCCAUGUGGACUAUUAAUCACGUAUAUCGUCACUCGGCUGAUUCUGCUGUCUUCCCAGCUGAACUGCAUUUCUGUUAUGGCCGUGCCCUUCCCCCUACCUAUGACGAUAGGGAGAGGUCGGCUGAGGCUGCUAAAUUCGUAUCUACUAUGAGUGAGUUACCGGUUCCCAACCAUCGAGAUGCUGAAGCAUUUAUGUUACAAUUUCACAAUCGACAUAGUGAUUGUAUGCAAUUAAAUACUGCUGAGAGUAUCGAUCGUGUACUUGCAUCUAGACGAGUCUUCGCUGGUACCCAGUUGGCUAGACAGGACUUUAAGAGGUUUCGAGUUGGGGAUUAUGUUGUUCGAUAUAAUUUCAACCGUCGUGGUAAGCUGGAUUCGCGUUGGCUCGUGGACCAGGUUUGCCAGAUCGUUGCUAUUACCGGCUCAGUGGCUAGCCUGAAGAUAGGCGUUGAUUGGCAAGGUCGUCCAAUAUUGAAGUCGGAAUUUCUCGGAAAUUUGAAGGUGGUUCCGAGAGGCGGUUCUGAUUAA